UCGUCCUCGUGCAGUUUGAAUUGCGCCGUACAAAUCACAUUAUUUAGUCUAAUGGCUUUAUUUCACAAUGACCAGUUUCUUAACACAUAUUAACGAAGCAAUAUUAAAAGAACAAUUUGAUUGCUAGUACGAAAGAUAUGCUACACAAUGUAUGUACGACGGAGCUACAUGCCAUUCGGUAAGCGUUAGCGUUUGGACAUCCCAAAUGUAACCUAAGCUAAAUAAUAAAUAGCAGAUGGUAAUAAUAAUACUAAAAAUACGAUGGACCCAAGUGAAGGCUCCCCGAUGAUUCAUGGAAAAGAACAAUCCCGAGCACGAAGUGAGAGAACUGGGCCAUCUACGAGCAGUAACCAAGGCAGAGGCACUUCGCUGUCUCCCAUGGAGUCCCUCAACACGUUUGAGUCUGAGAUGGAGGCAGACGGACAGGGGAACUACUCUCUCUUUCCUGCUUUGGACAGCAUCGCACCUCUGUCAGGGACAUCAGAAACACUUGAAAGUGAACCACCCAGUGAUAUAGCAGAGAAGCCUAAUCUCACAUGGCUUGAUGCUGCACAGAUUGUGUUGGAGGAAGCUGGGCGUCCAAUGCACAUUAAGGAGAUUAAACAGCGAAUCAUCGACAGAGGACUAAUCCAGUCCAAUGCAAAGUCGAGCCUAGAGGCUGUUAUGUACCGUGAGACACAAAAAGGCAGCAGGAGAUUCAAGAGGAUUGAAAACAGAAACGGAGUCUUUGCACUGUUGACUGAUGAAGAACGGCAGCAAGCCCUACAGACUUUUAGUACCCAGUCUUUCCUGGCCUCUCCUCCCCAGACAACCGUCUCAAGCUCUGGCUCAGCUUCCUCGCUGCCUGCCUUCCCAUCUCCCACCAGUUCCUCAGAGCACAGGGCAAAGAUUAAAAGAGGCCCACGCAAAAACCAAAAUGAAAAAUACCGACUCAAGUACCUCAGGCUUCGCAAAGCAGCACGUGCAAUGAUAUUUGAGAAUGCAGCCCUCUGUGAUGAAGUUGCCUACUUGGAGGAGAAGUUUCUCAGAGCAAAGGAGGAGCGGAGGUUCUUAUUGAAGUCAUUGUUGCAGUACCAGUCCUUGUCAGAAGGAGAGCUAUUGCCUACCUCUAGCACAAGUUCACACCCAUCUGUGUCAACUGCGCCACAUGCGGCAUUAACCUCGGGGCCUGCAAGUGCUUCAAGCCUGUCUGGAGGACAUAACCUAGUGUCAGUGGUGUCAACAGGAGAAGAGGGACUGCACAAAAAGCCCAAGAAGGAAAGAAGAGAACGAGGCAGAGAGAAUGGAAAGGAGGAUGUUUCUUCAGUUCCAAGGAAGAUGUCAAAGAAAAGAAAGCUAGCAGACGGCUCUCGCAAGUUAGUACAGCCCAUCGCUUUAGAUUCCUCUGGGCGUCCUGUCUUUCCCAUCGUACUGGGGGGGCUAACUGUCUACAGCUUGGGAGAGAUCAUCACAGACAGAAUGUUGUUCCAUGACCAGUGUGCCAUCUACCCAGUGGGCUUCUGCAGCACACGGGUUUUUGCUAGUAUGAAGAACUCCGACCAGCAGUGUCUGUACACCUGCCAAAUUAAAGAUGGUGGAAGUGGACCACAGUUUGAGAUUGUGCCUGAGGAGGAUCCUCAGAAUGCCAUUGUUGCCUCUUCUGCCCUGACCUGCCACUCCAAUCUACUGAAGGCCAUUGCAUCUGUGAGAUCCAAGCCCGUGCAACCUAUUGUGCCGUCAGGAGCAGACUUCUUCGGCUUCUCUCACCCCACCAUUCAGAACCUCAUCCAGAGUUGUCCCGGAGCACGCAAAUGUAGCAAUUACCAGUGGGUUCGUUUUGAGGUGUGUCGCCCAGGGGAUGGACAGGUUCCUCACAGCCUGUCAGAGGAUGAUGCAUCAGUCAACUUCGAGGCCUACCAACGACACCAGGGCUUUGAUGAGAACACAAAGACAGAGCACAUUAUCUCAGGACAGACCCCCCAGUCUCCCAGCUCCUCUCAUCAGCAUCACCUCACCUCGCCCACCAUGAAGCCCUCUGGAUCGUAUUUUAGCUCUUGAGCUAUAUAUAUAUAAUGUGUGUAUGUGUGAAUAUAAUGUUCAUUAUAAUUCCCAUGUACUUCUGUUCUGCACACUCAAUCCUUUACAAUGCUCCUAUUUUCAAAAAGUUUCAAAUACCACCUGUACAGUUUGAUUGAAAGCAAAAGCAGGUGGGUGUAGUGGGGAAAACCUGGAGGAUUAUGCUGUCUGCUUAUAGUGAGACUGGAUUUCAUGGUACUGGGAAUUUGUACUAGCGUGGCUAAGGAGCUAGCCUUCUGCUUAACCUCAUGAAAGCCACAACAGUAUUCCUUUAUACCGGAAUAGACUUUUCUUUUUCUUAUUCUUUUUAUCUCUACUAUAUAUGCAAGACUCCAAAAGCCCAACUCUUAUAUUGUCAUACUAACAUGAGAUUAUGCAGAACAAAUUCUGAGUAAAGCUUUUCUCCAUGUGAAAGGAUUUAGCUGUUCUUAACCUAUGUAGCUGUCAUGAUGUGUGAUAUUUGAAAUUGAUCCUUUCCCCAAUUGAAACAUUUGUUACAAUCUUCACAUUGUAUGUUUGGAUGAAAGAAUUAGUCGUUACCAUUUGUUUUUUCAUUUUCAUUUAAAUCGAUUUUAAUUGGAUUCCAUAGGAACAAUAAAGCACACAGAUU